CAAAGAACAGCAACUUUCAUUUAAAAAAUGUACAAAGUCUUCAUUGUCAGUGCCAUCCUGGCCCUUACCAGUGCAGUUCCGGUAGACCACCAAGCCACAUCCUACUCAUCCUUUAAUGAUAACCAUAACUCCAUCCAUCACGUUGACUCUGCUCCUUCCCACAAUUAUGCUGCUGCCCCGGCGUCUCAAUAUUAUCAUGCCCCAGCUAUUGCUAAAGUAGCUCUUCCAGUAGCCAAAAUUGCCCUACCAGCUGCUCCAGUCUACCAAACUGCCCCCAAAUAUUCUUAUGCCCCAGCUCCAGUAUCUUACGCCGCACCUAUUGCUAAAGUAGCCGCUUUACCAGUUGCUACAAAAUACGCCGUUCCUGUAGCGAAGUAUGCUGCCUAUGAUGCCCAUAGGGAGGAGUACGCCCCAGCUCAAUACGAGUUCGCUUACAACAUUGAAGAUACUCAUACCGGUGACUUCCACUCCCAGCAGGAGCAUCGUGAUGGAGAUCACGUUGUUGGACAGUACUCCCUUCACGAAGCUGAUGGUACUGUCAGAAUUGUCAAGUACUCUGAUGAUGGACAUGGUUUCAAUGCUGAAGUUGAAAGACAAGGGCACCCAACCGAAGCUCCAGUAGCUUACAAGAAAAUUGUUGCUGCUGCCCCAGCUCCAGCCUAUUAUCAUCACUAAGAAUACCAUACUAUUUAUUUAAAGUAAUUAUUGUAUUUAUUUAUUAAAAUAUACGAAUAUUUAUUGUUUUAAA